GUGUCUGUGUAAUAAUUUUGCAGCUGGGGUGGUGUAAUGCGAAUCACAUAAGCAAACAAUGUGGUUUGUUGUCCUUGAAAAAAUAUCGUUUAUUUUUAUGGUAACCUCGAUGGAGGCUAAUUAUUAACUCCACAGUCGCACGUUCCGAUGUAUAAACUCUCCAGGGAACAGUCCGUAGCCUGCUUUGCAAUAUUCGAGAUAAAAUAUUUCCAGAAAAGGUGCCGAUAUCUUACUUUAACAUCGAGGCAUUAGCGCAGAUGUAUAAGGCUUUUGUUAAGUUAUAAUCUGAAAAAGAAUUGCAACGAUGGCUCACCAAAUUAAGGUGUCCUUUCUCGUUUAUACCGUUUUACGACUGAUCUGCAUGUACAUCGUAUCUGUGACAAUCAUUCAAGGAACAAAAAGUAUUAUUGAAUGGCAGGUAGAUCGAACUGGGGGCAAAUCGGAAUAUAUGUGGCAAAAUAUGUGGAAAAGAGUCGUUGAAUUCUUAGGAGAAAACCAUUUUAUGAUUUUCGUAGCAGGUACAUAUGGUUAUUCCGCCACCGUCUUUUGGUUGUAUCAUAGCAUUUAUCUGUAUAUGGAUAUGACAGAAAAACCAGCGUUUUUGAGAAAAUACAAAAUUCAGGAAGGAAAAAAUUCACCGCUCACACCCGCACAACUGAAAAAAGCUCUGAGUGUCAUUCUCCCGAGUCAGAUGUAUGCUAUUAUGGUAACCACAAUGUUUUAUCCUAUACAAAAAUGGAGAGGAAUGCCGUAUCUUGACCCUGAGCUGCCAUCUGUACCGCGUCUUGUAUGGGAUGUCCUUAUAAUAGCGAUUCUGCAAGGCGGGAUGUUCUACUAUAGCCAUCGAUUACUCCACCAUCCUGUAUUAUACAAACGAUUCCACAAGAUUCAUCAUGAAUGGACAGCUCCAGUGAGCAUAACUUCGGUGUACGCGCAUCCAGUCGAAGCAAUAAUAUCCAACUACAUUCCACUUGUUCUGGCUUCGGCAAUAGUUGGAUGCCAUGUCUUCACGACGUGGGUAUGGCUGACUGUCGCGAUUAUUCAAACAGCAAACGAUCAUAGUGGAUACCAUUUCCCUUUUUCUCUGUCGCCAGAAUUUCACGACUAUCAUCAUUUAAAGUUUAACCAAUGUUUUGGUGUGUUUGGUAUACUGGAUCAUAUUCACGGCACCGACAGUCAGUUUCAGGAAUCAGUACAAAACAAACGACAUCAUAUGUUUUUCAGUCUGGUACCAAUUUCAAAAAGCAUUCCAUUUCCACCGAAGUCAGAAGAAAGGCCUAAAGCCGCAUGAAAAUUGCACCAUAAUCAUUGUAGCCUACAUAUCUGUAAAUUGCAAAUAAUAGGAAGACGUUUUGAGUAUCGUUAUAUACUCUUUUUCAAUCUAAAUGUCUAUAUAUAUAAAAUUCUCGCCGAGUCAAAAAGCACAAAAGAUGCGAAAAAACUUUCCAUAAAAUCGUUUUCCAUAUAUGUGUUUUCUGAGCAAUUAUUAUUCUAUUUUGUUUUUUUCCUCAUCUAUAAUUUUACGUUUGUUAUUAUCAAUAUUUAGUUUGAUUGGACCAUUUCAGGUCCAAGAUACUGCUUUUAUUGGGAUUGCUUGAUAUUUUUAGUUCCAAUACCUGCAAGAAGUCAA